AGGGUCCUGGAGGCUUCCUUAAGCUGCUGAGCUGAAGUGGAAACAGAACCCCAAGUGUUCCUGUGAUCCACUGACCUGCAGGCCUCACAGCGGUGCCCAGGAUGUUGUCCUAUGGAGAGAGACUGGGGACCCCUGCUGUUUCCCCACUCCCAGUCCGUGGGGGGCACGUGAUGCGAGGGGCAGCCUUUGCCUAUGUGCCCAGCCCUCAGGUCCUGCACAGGAUCCCAGGAACCUCUGCCUAUGCCUUUCCCAACCUGGGCCCUGUGGCCCUUGCCGAGCACACCUGCCCCUGUGGGGAGGUACUGGAGCGACAUGAGCCACUGCCUGCCAAGCUGGCCCUGGAGGAGGAGCAGAAGCCAGAGCCCAGGCUGUUCCCCAAGCUGUGCCAGGCUGGUGCCAUGCUGCUCAAGGUGCUGCUGACGCUCACCUUCCUUUACCUCUUCGUCUGCUCCCUGGAUGUGCUCAGCUCAGCCUUCCAGCUGGCUGGAGGAAAGGUGGCUGGUGACAUCUUCAAGGAUAAUGCCAUCCUGUCCAACCCGGUGGCUGGGCUGGUGGUAGGGAUCCUGGUGACGGUGCUGGUGCAGAGCUCCAGCACUUCCACAUCCAUCAUCGUCAGCAUGGUCUCCUCUGGCUUGCUGGAGGUGAGCUCUGCCAUCCCCAUCAUCAUGGGCUCCAACAUCGGUACCUCUGUCACCAACACCAUCGUGGCCCUGAUGCAGGCGGGGGACAGGACUGACUUCCGGCGGGCCUUCGCAGGGGCCACGGUGCAUGACUGCUUUAACUGGCUGUCCGUUCUGGUCCUGCUGCCCCUGGAGGCUGCCACUGGCUACCUGCACCACGUUACUCAACUUGUGGUGGCCUCCUUCAACAUCCAUGGUGGCCGUGACGCUCCUGACCUGCUCAAGAUCAUCACAGAGCCCUUCACAAAGCUCAUCAUCCAGCUGGACAAGUCCGUGAUAACCAGCAUUGCCACUGGUGAUGAGUCCCUGAGGAACCACAGUCUCAUCCGGGUCUGGUGCCACCCAGACUCCACAGCGGCUCCCACCUCCACGUCCAGGGCAGAGGCUAACUCCAGCCAGACCCUUGGAAAUGCCACUAUGGAGAAAUGCAAACACAUCUUUGUGGACACGGGCCUGCCAGACCUGGCUGUGGGGCUCAUCCUGCUGGCAGGAUCCCUGGUGCUGCUGUGCACCUGCCUCAUCCUCCUCGUCAAGAUGCUCAACUCUCUGCUCAAGGGCCAGGUGGCCAAGGUCAUCCAGAAGGUUAUCAAUACUGAUUUCCCUGCCCCCUUCACCUGGGUCACAGGCUACUUUGCCAUGGUGGUGGGUGCCAGCAUGACCUUCGUGGUUCAGAGCAGUUCUGUGUUCACCUCAGCCAUCACCCCACUCAUCGGCCUCGGUGUGAUCAGCAUUGAGCGGGCCUACCCACUCACACUGGGUUCCAACAUCGGCACCACCACCACGGCCAUCCUGGCUGCCCUGGCCAGCCCCCGGGAGAAGCUGUCCAGUGCUUUCCAGAUUGCCCUUUGUCACUUCUUCUUCAACAUCUCAGGCAUCCUUCUAUGGUACCCGGUGCCAUGCACACGCCUGCCCAUCCGCAUGGCCAAGGCGCUGGGGAAAUGCACAGCCAAGUACCGCUGGUUUGCCGUCCUCUACCUCCUUGUCUGCUUCCUGCUGCUGCCUUCACUGGUGUUUGGCAUCUCUAUGGCAGGCUGGCAGGCCAUGGUAGGUGUAGGCACACCCUUCGGGGCCCUGCUCGCCUUUGUGGUGCUUGUCAAUGUCCUGCAGAGUCGGAGUCCCCGGCAUCUGCCCAAGUGGUUACAGACAUGGGAUUUCCUGCCUCGCUGGAUGCAUUCCCUGAAGCCCCUGGACCGCCUCAUCACCCGAGCCACUCUAUGCUGUGCCAGGCCUGAGCCCCGCUCUCCCCCACUGCCCCCCAGGGUAUUCCUGGAGGAGCUACCCCCCGCCACGCCCUCCCCCCACCUUGCACUGCCUGCUCACCACAAUGCCACCCGAUUCUAGACUGUGGGCCCAGACCACAGCUGGGAAUGGGGAAGGCCUGGGUGGAAAGGCAGGGGAGUGUGUGUGUAUGUGUGUGCAUGUGCCUGUGCUACUCUGGGUGCCAGUCUCUCCUUCUGCAGCUCUGAAAAGGUCUGGGCUUGUGUGUCAGUGUCGGUGUGUAUGCAUGUGUGGGGAUGAGUCUGCAUGUGCACCUGUCUGUGUGUAGAAGCUUUUGUGUACACAUGUGCCAGCCUCUGCACACAUACACAGACACAUCUGUGGGAGGCUGUGAGCAAGUUGCAGCGUAUCUGGGUAGGGCUUUGGGUCCUCUGCAUGGGUAUACAUGACUAGGAUAGGCAGGUGAGAGUGGGUCUGAGUAUAUGACUGUGCAGCUGUUUGUGCAUAGAUGUUGGUGCCUGCCUCACUGAAUUUGCACACCUCCCUGCCACCUUCCUUCCUCCAAGAUAUCAUCCACCUCAUCCUCACCCAGGUCUUCAGCUCCACCACAACUCCCUUCACACUUGCCUAAUGGAAAAAAACAAAAGGAAUUAAACUCUCCUUAGGCA